GCGCCGACUGGAUGCGCGUAAAAUCAAAGCAACCAUGUGGUGAGAUUUGAAUUUUUUUUCUUGCUUGUUCGUUUCCCGACGGCACUGUUGUCCUGCACCGACCGAAGUCAACGAAGGAACCAAUCAGCUGACCGGGCCGAGUCCGAUUUCAAUCUGUUGCUGACCUUCGGAUCGGACGGUAGUCUUGCUGGUCCCGUUGCUCGUUUCCUGUGCUCCAACAGCUGACUGAACAAAAGCCAGUGCGCAACAAAGGAGGACCUUCAAGUCUGGGUCAAGGACAAAGGCCAUUUUUCAUUCGAGGACGAAAAAUGACGGAGGAAAGCUUUAAUAAAGCUCCCGGUUCGGAGUUCUCCAAAAAUCGAUCCACCAUUGUUACCAUGGGAAACGUAAAACUUUCGCCAAGUUCAACAGUUCCAUUUCCGGAACGUUCAAUGAAUCAAACGACCAGCAUCAAUCAAGAUUUUCCUUACACUAUACUGCAAUACGGUCAUCUCCUACCAACGUUAGUCCAACCUGGCUUUUCAAUGUUUCAUUUGCCACCACCACCAGUUCCGGUAACCAUUCCGGUGUUUUCUCAACACGUCAACGGUGGCUACGCUCAGCACCAGGCUUUUGACAGUAACAUGUUCUAUCGGUAUGUGCCGCAACAUCCGGGUGGUAAUGACAACUUGGGGCAGAAAAUCAACUGGGCUAGAUGCAACGGGAAAAUGAUUGCAAGCAAGGUGAAACAUAAGGAGCUUUCGCCAGUGGACAUCGGCAAAGUGGACGGAAUGAACGGAAUUAUCAGUGACGCCCCUCUUAGCCCACCGAUUAUUCCACUGGUGGCGGAUUCUAACAGAGAAGUCGGUUUCGGAGGAUCUGGUGUAGUGGUGGACAAGGAUAAAUUGAUCGCACUCACUGAUAUGGCCAUGCAGGGCUGUGAGCUGGCAGAACAGUUAGCCAACAAUCACCAAAAGAUGCCUUGUUUCAAAAAGAUUGACAGCCUCUGCGCUCGUAUGAAGCAAGACCUGAUUCGGCCGGAUAGUGUUUUGGCUAACAUAAAUUCGCAAGGCAUUGCCUGGGCCGUGAAGGACUUCAUCUUCGUUUUCACACGAAUCAUCAACGCUUGGAACAUCAUCAAGGGUUACGUGUACAAUACUCCGGACGGGUUGGAUAGAGUGCAGAAAGUAUUGAGUCCGGAUUUCCUGGAUCAUUUCCUCAAGUGGCAAGAUUCGACAAUUGAUUUCGUUGAUAGUUUGAUCAAGUCUUUCACUAGUCUGGACGAAAUGGUACAGAAUCAGCGAACCAGUCGAAUGCAGAAGGAGUCAUCACCAAAAGUGUCUGGUCGACAGUCAAAAACUGAUGAAGAGAAGGAACGAAACAUCCAAGAGUUAUACGAAUAUCUGAAGGAUAUGAUUCCAAAUCUGACUGAUAGCAAGGCCAAUUCAUCAUCAGAUAAUGCAAGCAGCAGCGAUUUAUCGGACCGCAGCAGCGUGGUUUAUGAUAAUGCUAAAAGCUAUAUCUUCUCCGUUGUCAACGACUCCGAACAGACUCAGAUGAAGCACAACGAGAACGGAACUUACUUCAAGACGGGUAUUUACGAACCGGUUAAGAAGCCACCAGGCUUUAGCGCUCAUCCGGUUACAAGCUCCAUGAAAAUCCCAUUCACUCUACCUGAUACCACCAACAACACUUCAACACCGUUUAUCACUUCCACGCCGAAGAUAUUGAAGAAUCCUAUCUCCCAGCAUCGACCUGAUUUGCUGGGCUCGCUUGGCAGCACAAAACAAAGCGACGGCGAAACUACUUCGGCAAUUGCUGCCCCUGUUGGUCAAACGAUGACAGCCGACGUAUCUCUUUCGGCACAACUUCAGAUGGAUUUUUUCAACGAUGCAAUCAUCCGACAAAGCUUUGACAGUGAAACUGUGGCCAAAAUUCACUUCCUAUUGCAGAAGGUGUUCAACGUAAAUGAAGCAAAGUACUUCUUGAUGGCGCAUUUCACAAAGAAUUAUUUUCCAGGAUUCGAUACCGUAAAUCCAAGCUUCACUGAUUUGCGGACGAUUAUCUCGAAGGCCCAGAUGGGUGGCUAUCAAACCAUCUACGAAAUUGUGCAUGAUCUUCGCCAGAUUAUCCGGUCUGCCCGUCGCUAUCUAGAACAAAAGUCUAGCACCCUAUUGAAGGACACUACAGAAGAGUUUGAGCGCAGCUUGGAGGACAUACUGUGCGAUAAGAUUUUCGAUUGCUACAAUUUCAACCGUCUGCCUGGAUCAACUUCUCCGACAGGUACCGUCAGUAGCCUAAGUACCGCCUGUUCAGGAGAGUUCUAGGGCUCUUGUUUUGGAGCUAACUGUCGUUUUUAAUAGUUUCUUUACUGAAUAGAAUUUUAUUUAAUUGUUUUAAGAGAAACCAAGAUCUGAUGACUUGAUCAGGAACAAAAAGUCAUCACUAGCUAAAAUUGCUGAGUAUUAUAGGGAUAAAAUUGUGUGCUAAACGAUGUGUGCCAAAAUCAAAGUAAGGAUGUCGUCAUCGAUCCGACCGAAUUAAAUUAUGCUAGGACAAUCAAAAUCUCUAAACUAAACAAUAAGACUUUUUUCGACGGCCGCAACGAUUAGAUAUGCAGGUUGUUGGCAGCAAAGUUUUCAAAUAUUUGAUAAAGUGGAAAAUCAUAAUUACGCUGCUAGUGAAUUUUGGCAGGAAAAGUUUUGAUUACGGUUGAAUAUUAUUCAAAAUUAUGUGCGUCCUAAGUAUAGUGUUCAUGUCCAAAAGAAAUUUUGCCUUUUCUCCUUUGUAAAGGUGGGGUAAAGCCCUUUUAAACUACUAUUAGAAUUAUUGACAAGUUUGUUAAACUAUAAUCAAAAUGAGGUGUAAACUAUGAAAUGUAGAUAUAAAGAUGUUUUAAAUUGUAAUAUAAAUUGAAAAAA